AUGGUCAAAUACUACGAUUCCGUCUCCCCCGACCUAAUUGAAUGGGCCCUCAAUCAAAGCGUCUUCUUCGUCGCGUCCGCCCCUCGGCAUGGUCGCCAUGUGAAUCUCUCUCCCAAAGGGCUCCCCGACGCCUCCUUCGCCAUCCUCGGGCCCAACCAGGCAGCCUAUGUAGACGCAACGGGCUCCGGAAACGAGACGAUCUCCCAUUUGCGUGAGAAUGGCCGCAUCACCGUAAUGUUCUGCUCCUUCGACGCCUCGCCUCGUAUUCUCCGGUUCUUUUGUAAAGGUUCAGUGAUUGAAUGGAACCAGCCGGAGUUCGGGCCUUACAUGGCCCGCAUGGGGGGGAAAAACCUCCCAGGCGCAAGGGCAAUUAUCUGUUUGGAUAUCUUUAAGGUUCAAACGUCCUGUGGUUUCGGUGUGCCCCUACUAGCACUAACCAUUGAUCCCGAAACAAACACCCCAAAGCCCUAUCUCAAAGACCGUGAGACCCUCGGCCAUUGGGCGGGGAAACGGGUGGCUGCCGGACAGCUGCAUUCGUACCAGAAGGAGAAUAAUAACAGUAGUCUGGACGGCUUACCCGGUCUUAAAUCAGCGGUGAAAGAUAGCGGACGGUCGCUCUGGUGGUCGCAGAUCCGAAAUUGGAUACAUCAGUAUCGCGAUGAAAUCGACUUGGUCAAAACGUCGGUUUUGAUCAUGAUUUUUGCCUUGGAGGUGGCAAGGUGGGCUGGUUUGUUCGUGUAG